AUGAAUGAAUUGAAGAAAAAAACAGAGGGAGAAAAAAGUGAGGAGAUAGUUGAGGGAGAAGUUGUGGUACCCAUCAAGACUAGAGAAGUUAUAUACCUUACUCCUGAAGUUAGCAAGGUUCCUUUUCCUAAGGCCUUGGCUAAGAAAAGUAUAGACAAGAAGUUUUCAAAGUUUGUGGAUGUUUUCAAGAAACUCCACAUCAACAUUCCUUUUGCUGAUGCUUUGGAGCAAAUGGCCAUAUAUGCUAGGUUUAUGAAGGAUAUAUUGUCUAAGAGGAGAAGUUUGAAGGAUGUGGAUGAGACAGUAGUGCUAACUGAGGAAUGCAGUGCCAUUUUACAGAGAAAGAUGCCAAAAAAAGGAAGAGACCCCGGAAGCUUUACAAUUCCGGUGGUGGUUGAAGGUGUGACAGAGGUUGAGGCCUUGUGUGAUCUAGGAGCGAGCAUCAACUUGAUGUCGCUUACCAUGUAUGAAAGGUUGAACCUUGGUGAAGUUACUCCGACUAUGCUUUCAUUGCAAAUGGCGGACCGUUCUGACUCCCUAUGGUAUCGUGGAGGAUGUGAUGAUAAAAGUGGAUAA